AUGUCCGCCGACCCUUACUCUAUGUGGCUGACCUACCGAUCUUCCAUCACUUCUCUGACUUUGAACUCACAGUUUACAAGAGUUACAGUUGAGGAGCGGAUUCCUGUGACUCUGAGAUGUGAUGUUGACAGUGAUCCAGGAUCUGACAUAAAAUUAUUGAACAACUCACAGAUUCUGCGUGAAGUGACAAACUCUAAACUGGCUGAGUACUCGUGGGACGAGGCUGGGUGUCUGGAUACAGGACACUACAAGUGUGAAGCGGGAAACAACAUCAAGUCAGCUGUCAGUGAAAGUGUCCAGUUUGUUGUUAGAUGUUCACCGAGACUAGACCAUCGUGAUCCAUUCCAGAACGUGUUUGUAGUAGCAGUAGGUGGUGACGUAUCUCUGAAGAUAUCAGUGAUUGCUAAUCCAACACCGGCAUUCACCUGGUACAAACUGACUGAUGGAAACAAAAAUAAUAGUAUUGGGUCUGGACGUUCAGCAACAACUGACGUAUCUGCUGUUGGAGAACUCACACUGAGAAAUGUUCAGCAGGGAGAUAUUGGUACCUACCAGGUUGUUGUGUCUAAUGGAGCUCCAAGACAAGAUCUUGUGGUGAACCUGAAGCUUUAUGUAGCAGGUCCGCCAAGUAUUCCUUCUGAUGUCUCAGCAUGGGCAAAUGGUCCACACUCGAUCUUAAUUGUUUGGCUGGAGCUUUUUAAUGGAGUAUCAGAGCAGACGUUUCUUGUACAGUACCGAGCAGAUAGAACAUCAUUGUGGACAAAUAUUACUGAACAGUUUCCAGGAAAAGGUCUCAACACCAUUCAGAAAGCUGUCAUAUCCAAUCUUCAACCAAACUCAAGAUAUUUGAUUCGGGUUUUGGCUUAUAACAGAUAUGGAUACAAAGGCUUUACCAAGAACCAGGAAGCUUUGACUUUACCAUCAGCCUCAUCAAGCAAAUUAAAUGGGGAAGGAAUUGCAGUAGGGGUUGUGAUUGGGAUUGCUAUUUCUGCUGUGAUAGUGACUGUGAUAGUCUUUAUUUUGUGGAGACGAGGUUAUAUAUGCCCUUCUUCUAAAUCAGUUGGACAACGAACUGAAAGCAAUGA